AAAGAAAUUCUUGUAUAUAUUACCCAAAAAAAUAAAAAUAAAUUCUUUUUCAGCGAUUAUCAAUAUACAAUAGUUUGCCUUGAGUCGGUGAAAUACCUUCCUUCCCGUUGUUUUUAUCAUUUGGGUUCCUUCGAUUCAUUAUUUACAACAAAAAAUGGGAAGUAUCCGCUGAAAAUAAUGGGACCGAAGGUCUCUCCUCCGGUGUUCUAUCCACUCAAUUGAAAGAGAUUCGUAGUAACUAACAAUUCUGGUUCAGCAAAGAAAGAAAGAGAAGAAAAGGGUGGAGGAGGAGGAAGAGAAGAAAGAGAUGUCGCUGAGAAUAAAGGCGGUGGUAGAUAAGUUCGUGGAAGAGCUGAAAGAGGCGUUGGAAGCGGACAUACAAGAUAGAAUAAUGAAGGAGAGAGAGAUGCAAAGUUACAUCGAGGAACGCGAGCGCGAAGUCGCCGAGCGUGAAGCCGCCUGGAAGGCUGAGCUCUCUCGCCGGGAGGCAGAGAUUGCCCGACAAGAGGCUAGGCUGAAGAUGGAAAAAGAAAACCUUGAAAAAGAGAAAAGUGUCCUCAUGGGAACAGCAUCUAAUCAGGAUAACCAAGAUGGAGCUCUUGAAAUCACUGUAGGUGGCGAAAAAUAUAGAUGCCUCAGGUUUGCUAAGGCGAAGAAAUGAGGCUUUAUAAAGAAGAUGAAGAAAAGAAAUGCGGGUAUAAUGUGUAUGAUGUCCUUUCCUAAAUUCGCUGGAGCCAGUUUGCUAUUUUAGAAUUUUAUUCAUUCUAGAUGCAUUGAUGAUAUGCAUGUAGGUUUGCUUUCAGUACAGCCUAUUGAUGGUGUCCAUUGUAUGAUUCCUUUUCAAUGAAGAAAAGAAAAAAAAAUGGUGUUUGUAACUGACCAAAAUAAACAGGUUGUGAUCCUUUUUACGUUGAUGGUACUUAUUAUAAUUAGCAUGGUUGAGAAUUUA